UUUCACUUCUAUUCCCAAGCGUCAUAUUGAUAUAAUACAUAAGUGCUUGCUAUCUCAAUCCCCUUCGUCCCUAAGUUGACGACACUUGCUCGCUGACUGGCAUCAGGGCGCAAGUAUGGCUCUCCCAUUGACUGCCGCACACCGUAGAUCUAUCGUCAUUGCGUUCACAACUGUGCUGAUUGUGUGCUAUUUUAUGACUAUUGGUCGCGAAGACAACUACACAUUUUCCAAAACUUUGUCUGCGCAAUGGUCGAUACACGAGGACCCUGUGGUGGUUUCGGAUGUCAAACAGACAAACGAAACACCAUCCAAGUUGUCUUCUUCAUCAAAGAGCAAACCGUCACCCUUCCUUGGAAAUGUAAUUCCACAAGUCUCUCCCCCUCCCCACAGAGCCAACGCUUCGUUGGUAAUGCUGGCUCGUAAUACCGAUCUCAAUGGCGUGAUAUCAAGUGUAGAACAGCUAGAGGCGAGGUUUAAUCGCAAGUUCAAUUAUCCCUGGGUGUUUUUGAACGACGAGCCCUUCACUACCGAUUUCAAAAGGCGUGUCAGUGUGUUAACCGACGCAGAUGUAUCUUUUGGGUUGAUCCCUCGCGAGAACUGGGUCCAGCCGGACUGGAUAGAUGAAGGACGAGCUCAGGAGGGACGCAAUAAGCUAGUGCGACAAGGUGUAAUUUAUGGCGGUAGUGUUUCUUACCGCAACAUGUGCCGAUUUAACUCAGGGUUCUUUUUCCGUCAUGAACUCUUAACGCCAUAUAAGUGGUACUGGAGAGUAGAGCCUGAUGUUAGAUACUACUGUGACAUGGAUUAUGACCCCUUUCUAUUCAUGGAGGAUCACGACAAAGUCUAUGGCUUCACGAUAUCCAUGCCAGAAUGGGAACCAACUAUACCCUCGUUGUGGUCCACGGUGAAAGAUUUCAUCGCAGAACAUCCUCAAUAUGUGUCACCAGACAACUCAAUGGACUUUCUAUCUGACAAUGCGGGUGAUUCCUACAACAUGUGUCACUUUUGGUCAAACUUCGAGAUUGCAGAUAUGGAUUUUUGGAGGAGCGAAGCCUACACGAAAUUUUUCGAGUACCUCGAGAACACAGGAGGGUUCUACUACGAGAGAUGGGGAGACGCACCUGUUCAUAGCAUCGCCGCAGCCUUAUUCACGCGCAAGGAUCAAAUACAUUUCUUUAAGGACAUAGGCAAGCUUUGGUCAUGUCGUUUAGUAUUCGUAGCUGAUCCCUUCGCAGGUUAUAAACACGCUGAAUUCGCUCAUUGUCCGCAAGGUAAACAGUGGCGGGAAGGACACUGUUCGUGUGAUCCAAAUGAUAACUUCGAUUUUGCGCAAAAUUCGUGCCUCAGGCACUUUAUGCGGUUGCAAGAUUAGAUGACUUCGGUUGAUUGGAUGUAGUAGACGUUACAACUUCAUACGUGUAUUUCUACCAUAGGCUACUGCAGGCUACUACAGGAUAAAUUAAUCUAAGUCGCUUGACCCUAGUAAUGCAUAUUUUUAUGAUCAUGACUACAUAUAUUGACCAGGCACGGUCAACAGGGACGAUAUGUAGCUUGAUAUUUUUAUUGGACCGAAUGUACAUCCAGAGAAAUGAAGGGAACAAAC